UGCAAAUGGCCGCUUGACUACCGGGCGCUGUUUCUAGGCGCUGCUGAACCGGUCGUUCGAGGGCGUGUUUUGUAAAUGUUGUUAUACUAUAUUACGGUGAAAGUAUUUCUAAAAUCGGUCUCGAGAUGAUGCAAUUUAUGCUGCUGUUCAGCCGUCAGGGCAAGCUGCGGCUUCAGAAGUGGUACAUGGCUCAUCCAGACAAGUUGAAGAAGAAGAUCACUCGUGAACUAGUCACGACCAUUCUUGCCCGGAAGCCAAAGAUGUGCUCCUUCCUCGAAUGGAAGGACCUCAAAGUCGUCUACAAACGGUAUGCCAGUCUGUAUUUCUGUUGUGCUGUGGAACAGGUGGACAACGAGCUGCUGACUCUUGAAGUAAUUCACCGAUAUGUAGAGCUGCUGGACAAGUAUUUUGGAAGUGUGUGCGAGUUGGACAUCAUCUUCAACUUUGAGAAGGCCUACUUCAUCCUUGACGAGCUGCUCGUUGGCGGCGAGAUGCAGGAGACGAGCAAGAAGAACGUUCUUAAGGCCAUUGCAGCGCAAGAUUUACUUCAGGAGGAAGAAACUCCGCAAGGGUUUUUUGAGGAUCACGGACUCGGUUAGGGCACAACCGUGGGGCUCCGGCCUUCCGCCGAUCGGCCGGGGCUUACGGGCAACUUCUAACAAAGAACGCUCUAAUCUGUCCACCCCCUAAAGAAACCGUUGUGCAUUCCACUCCAAGCAGUCUGUGUUCUCUUGCUGUCUUGCGCGAGUAAUUUCUUUUAUUUUUUAUUUUGAGGUGAGGUGGGAGAACGGCAAUGGUGUGCACACCAGUGGCUUGAUCCAUUUUUUUUUACAUACUUUUUGCUCCCCCCUGCCUUCUUUUUAAUGGAUUUUUGAGUUUGAUUGUGGGUCUGGUUAUCACUUAUCUGCUGUUGAUACUAUGAUACCGAUUGCUGCUGCUCAAGAUUUGGUAUUCUGUUGUGGCCCUGAAGAACCUCUUGAUGUUCAGUGUCGGCAGUGCUUACUGGCUCGGCCAUUCUCACAGGUGUCACCAUAUUUUGUGGCAUAAUGACAGCUGUGGAUGUACGGCCGUGUGAACAACAGCAGGAAAAUGGCAUUGCACAGUGAUGUGAGUGUUUUGCCAUGUUGAGACCUAUCUAAUUUGGUAGUAGGUAGCUGUUUUGUUGUGCCAACAGCGCAGUGUAAGUGUGUUACAGGUUGUGUUUUAUGUUAUCAGAGUGUUUUCAAAAGAAGUAACUUUGAUUGGUUAGGGCCGAGUUUAUUGCUAAAUGUUUUUCUGGCAGCUUUUUUAAAACGUCGUAUGAUUGGGGCUGCUCAUAAUACACAGUUCCCCUAAUGACGGUGCAAAGAUGUUCUUGUUUAGUGUGGUUGUGAGUAUUCUGUGAGGCCAGGCAUUAUCUGCUCAAAACAUAUGGAACAUUGACUUGGAGAUCAGUGUGUAAGCUGAUUAGCGCUAAUGAUGCCACAUAAUGGCAUCAUAAGUACACUGACUGAGGGUGGUCCACACAGCAUGACAGUUGAGGCCUGCUGUCUGGAGCAUAGCUUUCUGUGCAGACAUGGAUGAAGUACGAUCGCAUGCUUUGCAUGGACUUUGAAUGGCAGCCACAUGUUUGAGCAGACUGUUUGUCAGGUGUUGUAUAGAUUAGAAGUGAUUUUUUUCUUUUUUCUUUUUUUAUGUGGCAUUAAUUUUUUUUGUUCAUGUAAAAUUUUGAAUGGCAAUUUCCCUGCAAGUUGGGACGUAGUUGUGCAGCUGUACUUGCCCUGUUGGAACUUGUUAACGAACCUGAAGAUAGUGUCAGUGUCGCACCUAGUUUGUGAGUCAUUGUGUUAAAGUUUUCUUAGGACGGUUUAUGAGGCUUAGUUUCUGUGUAAGAAAGCUUAUGACCAAGGCAAAUUUCCAUCCAUUUGUAAUGAAGCAUAGUUUCUUCCUAAAUGAUUAUUAGAGAUUGUUGUGAAUCAGAAAGGCGUUGAGUUGCUUUCAAGUGCUGGCUUUAAGAGUGGUUUUCUGGGUUUGGGGGUGUUACAGGGGAUUUUGUGAUGAAUUUCUAGUUCCAUUCAUGCACUUAGGAUUUCCUUACGCGACUUCCAAGUCAUCCAAGUGUGUCUACAAAGCAUUAGUGUGAAGGUGUCGUAGGCCACAAGUUGUACCUCAACGGUAGCUUGUCAUUUUCAAACACUCCAAAGGUCGGUGUUCGAGAGUCAUGUUUUACAUGAAAGGUUUCGCUUCUCUUUUGCUCUUUCAUUCAUGACAAGUCAGAGCAACUCCUCUCCAAGGUUGUUUUCAAAUGUCUAAAGCUCUAAGGCUUUUUGUUUCGUGAACAUGGUUAUUAUUUUGGAACUGAGGCAGCCAAUUUGGGCUUGCCAGUAGCCUGUAAUCUUAGUGGCACAUAACACAGUGAUACGAGAUCAGGGCCUGCAGGAACGGCUGCAAGCGAGAAAUGCAUGCAGCGAAAGUAACAAGCCAUGACCAAUGCAUCUUAAAGGUGAUAAAAGGAACCAAUGCUAGCUUUGCAGCAAGGCAUUCUUCAUUUCUAGGUAUUACCAAUAGUUUUGAUGAAGCUAUAGUCUGGGCUGCCUCUUUUUUGGAGUUCAGUGCACUGAACAAGCUGCUGGAAUUCGGAGUAGGGGAAGCAUGCAUGCACUACAAUCAGGUCUGGUGCUCGGGUUAACGCUGGUACUUGAGAUAACAGUAUUACAUCCAUACGAUGCAGCACUGAUUGCAAGCACAGUUGAUUGUUCACAUGUCCUUAUUGCUUACCCGGACAUCUGUGUACAUGAGAUAAACAUGUUUGGCAAUCUUUCAGGUUGAAUUAGCUCAGACUGAGGCAUUCCUUGUUUUUCUUGAACGCUGGGGUAGCACUUUUAUGAAAUAGUAGGUUAAUUUGAGAGGGAAGUGCAUUUUCUGGCUUUUACGUUGUGUCUGUGCAAGUGUGCACGUUGUGAAUUGCUGUGUUCUUUGACUUUUUUCUUUUUGAUCUUCAGUGAUGUCCUGCACAUUUUACUUGUUACCUUUGACUGGUUGCUGAAUUUUUUAAAAGUGCUGCAUAGUGAGUUUUGUCAGUUUGAGAGGAGCUUUACAAGAUUCCUGCUUGUCAUGAAUCAGCCCGAAAUGUUGGGUAUGCUUUUUUUUUUUUUUUCUGAUUGAGGGAAAGGCGAGGAAGCGUUGCCAUUUGUGAUAUCUUCAAGCCCUAGGUACUACUUUAUGGGGUUCAUAUAACUGUGAUCUCAUCAUUUUAAGAGCAAAACAAAAGUACUUCUUUCUUUGGUAGCGUUGCCAUCAGAUGUGUUGCUGGUUUCUUGGCAUGAAGCUCGGCACGAAGAGCUAUAGGGGUGACUCCUUAUUGAGUUUUGUGCUUGUCUUGAAAUGAAGUCAGAUGACACGCAAAGAAGUCAGAUGCUUGACAGGUGACUGCACAUUCACCUUUCUGUACAUUUGCGAGUGCACUGUUAUAGCACCGCUAUAUCAUGUUCCUUUUUUUUGUGCUUGCACAAGCAGCUUUUAUUGAGCUGAACCGCCUUUUACUGUGGGUGCAGUUUAAUUUACUUAUACAUGCCACUCUUUAUUAGAUGCAACUGGCUCUGUGUGCUUCACAAUAAACUUUGAAUUUCUUUAUUGAUUAUUGAGACCCCCAGGGCUGAAGAUAUUAUGACUCUGUUGCAUCUGCUUUAGAGUAGAAGGGCAGCAAAUUCUUCUCCGUGUUGAAAGCUGAACAAGUCCUCACAGAUAACGAAAUGUGCCCAAAUGAAUUGUUUGAGAAGUGAUUUCCUUUUGUUGCUUAUCAGAAAAUUGAGACACCCCAAGCUUUUGCUUUAUCUUUUUUUUUGUUUGUUGAGCAAGUUCUAGGCUGUGUACACACUAGAGUCAUAACAAGGCACAUUUGCCAGUGUUGCAAGAAAUGUGUACGAGUUUUGAGUCACCCUCACAGAGUCUGAUGUCACUGGUUAGAUAAAAUGUGAUAGUUAUGGCCAUAGUGUAAACUUGCCUUAAAGCUGCAUUUUUUAUUUGCACUUUACAGCAUGUGUAGUGGUCCUUUGCAUAUGCUUUUGUUUAGUGUACCAGAAAUGAGCUGCAGUUAUGUCUAGUGUGAGUGUGUGAACAGUCCUCAAUUGAUGUUAAUUAUCUGUCGUUGUUGUAACCGACUAUUGCAGGUUGUUUUGACUACUUAAUACUUUUUAUCAGUGUGCAAUAAUGGCACUGGAGAGUACUGUUUAUUUGAAGGAAUGUGCAAACUUUUGUUUGCCAUGUUCUGGGGCAGCUGAAAUGUAAUAUGUUCCUAAACAGGUAUCAUGGCUGGUUUGGCAUUCAAAGCAAUUCAUGCUGGACAAAAGAAAAUGGUGUGCUUUGAAUAGCGAGGUGUGUCAGUUCUACUGUGAACCCAGGAACUGAUUAUCAUUAAAUUUUUAAGGCACAUAAUGUGCUGAUUAACAUUUUUGUGGAAGCUUGCAUGGCGUUUUUCCCAGUUAAAGCCUUUUCAUUGCAGUGUUGCUUGUCCAAAGGGCAUAUGCCAAGCAUCUUCUCAUGGCGAGUCCUUUCUUGCCAACAUGUUCGGUGUUUUACACCAUGUGAGGUUUGUUAACCUGCUUAGCUUUGAAAGGCAUUGGGUAUAGGAUGAGAAAAAGCAUAGAUGUCAAAGUAAAUAUUUCAAUUGCUCUUCUGUGAGCGUUUCUGUCGAAACCAGCUUGUAACUGAGAUAUAGUGAACUGCAUGGCCUGCCCUAGUGAUGAAAGGAAAAUGUAACUGACCAAGUGGGUUCAUUUCUUUUCCUUGUUGCUGGAAUUAGGCAUGAUGCUGACCAUCUGGCCACUUGUAUGCUAGUUAUGGGCACACUGCUCCAGAAACAAAGGGAGCUGAUUUGUUGUUGCUAUAGAGCUUUCUGCCGCCAGAUAAGUGAGCAUACUGGUGUGCAUUGUCUGGGAGAUCAGUGACUACUUCCGUGCAGUGCCGAAAGCAGGCGUAAAUAAUCUGUUGAAAGGCAAGUUGUGCAGGUCACGUUGACACACUGCCUGUGGGAAGAAUCGUGAGCAGACUGACUACCUGUUUCUGUGCUUUUUUUUCUUUGCCCAUCGCAUAACUGUUUGCUCAGCAGUGUCGCAUGCCUUUCAUCCCAUGACUGGACUUCGUCCAUGCUUUCCUUCAGGACUUCAGCUGUCUGUCCAUUGAGGUCAACCUCGAUAAGUCUUGAGUGGUUUGCUUGUGUGCUUUGUUGAUACCUGCUGCUUAUGAUCUUUUUGUUUGAGUGCCAGUGUACUUGCUGCUCAGUGGUGAAAGCAGAGGUGAUCUGUUGCUUGUGCGCCCCUGUUAUUUUUCUUAAAUGUAUUUCAACGAAUCGCUGUGUGACAUUGAUCAAAAUUGGCAUCUGCUACAUGUUUAUCAGGACGGCUGUGCUGUAAACGAAGCAGAAUAAAGUGUACCUACAAAUGUG